UUAAGGAGGCGGGUUGUGCCGAUUAUUGUGCUAUAAAAUGCAUAGUGGCAGGUCUACGAACCUUAGCCAUUUCUACAUUUCUCACCAUGUGAAUGGACAGCAGAUGUAUAUGUUUGGACCCUCUGGCUUACUGAACCUUUCCACGAACAACAGGCACAUUAUGUUAACAGCGUGACGGCAGCAUCGGUUUUUCGAGUCUCAACAAACUCCGACACCAGGAUGAAUCGACGAAGAGACGCCCCUCAGGACCGAUACUACUUGGUGGGAAUCAUGUUCUUCAUUCUGGGCCUGGGAACACUGCUGCCAUGGAAUUUCUUCAUGACAGCUUCAUUGUACUUCCAACGUCGACUGAAUACAACAGAAUGGAGCAACGGAACCAAGGUUGUCCGCAAAGAGUACUACUUCAACAACUGGAUGACUCUGCUGUCUCAGCUGCCUCUGCUGCUAUUUACCCUGCUCAACUCCUUCCUCUACCCGAGGAUAUCGGAGGCGAUACGUAUCGCAGGUAGCCUUGUUUUUAUCCUGCUGCUCUUCAUCCUCACAGCAGUUUUGGUCAAAGUGCCCAUGGAGGAAGACCGCUUCUUCUCGGUCACCAUGGCUACUAUCUGGUUCAUCAACUCGUUUGGUGCCGUGCUGCAGGGCAGUCUGUUUGGUCUUGUGGGGAUGCUGCCUCAGAAGUACAGCAGCAUCUUCAUGAGCGGCCAGGGCCUCGCUGGGACAUUCGCUGCCAUCGCCAUGCUAAUAGCCAUAGGAAGUAAAAUGGACCCUGAAACGGCAGCUUUGGGUUACUUCGUCACACCGUGUAUGGGGACAUUGCUCACACUCUUCAGCUACUUGGUGCUGCCACGCCUGGAGUUUGCUCAGUAUUAUUUGAACAAAAGCAGCACAUAUGAGGCAGACACCACAGACGAGCUGCUGAAAGAAAGCAGCAUGGUGGAAAAUGGAAAGCUGGCCGAGCAUGUUAACGGAUCAGCAAUCGGCAACUCGGCCAAGGGUAGCAGCAUCACGGAGGCCGAGCCAAGGUCUGAUGGAACCAAGCAGGCCUUCCUGUCCCUGGAGCAGGUUGAGAGGGGGCAAGCCAAGGCCUCGGUUAUAGAAGUCUUUAAAAAGAUCUGGGUGAUGGCGUUCUGCGUCAUGUUCGUGUUCACAGUGACUCUGUCUGUGUUCCCUGCCAUCACCGUAGAUGUGAAAACCACAUCCGAAGGAAAAAAUUGGGAGCUCUACUUUAUUUCGGUGUGCUGCUUCCUCAUUUUCAAUAUUAACGACUGGCUCGGCCGGACCAUCACCACAAAGAUACGCUGGCCCUCUAAAGAGUCCCGUCUCUUCCCGGUGCUGGUGAUCUCCAGAGUGGUGUUCAUCCCUCUGCUGAUGUUCUGUAAUGUCCAGAGCCGCAACUACCUUCCCGUUUUAUUCGAACACGACGUGGCAUUUUCUAUCAUCAUGGUUUUAUUCUCUCUGUCCAGCGGCUACUUCGUCUGCCUGUCCAUGUCCUACGCACCACAGUUGGUGGAGCCUAAAGACGCAGAGACUGCAGGAGCCCUCAUGACCUUCUUCUUGGCCCUGGGUCUGUCCAUAGGAGCCGCCUUGUCCUUCCCCCUGCGAAAGUUGAUCUAGUUAAACACACACAAAGAGGAAAACUAAUACCCCCUGUCUGGCCGACCUUCCUGUUGUUUUUUCUUUUUCUUUUUUUGUCCCGUUUCCUGCUUGCCUGGAAAUGUUCCCCACAGUGAGACUGGAACAGUCAUGGCUGAAGAACUGGUACUGUUUGGGAGUUGUUAGAUUCACUUUGAAAAGAGAAAGGGAAAUGCUUUGUGUUACUGAAAAGGACUGCUGCUCAUGUUACCUGCUGCUAAUCUGCGAAACAGGUUAGAAACGUUUCCUCUGUGGGAAGUCUUUUUUUUUUUUUUUUCCUGAUCACUGUUGUGCUUUUCUACAUUUUGAGGUUUAUUUAUGUUUGACUUUUUGUUUUCAAAGUUAUUCCUGGGCAUUACCCUGUGCCAAUAACUCGUAGAUAAAGGGACACUGAGACUGAUUUUUACUGCGGUCGGGAAGACUUUUGUAUGAUAUACUGUAGGUCAUUUUUUUUUCCCACAGCUGAGCUUUUGAUAUUUUCCUUUGUAUUGAGGACUUGGCUGAUUGAGUUUUUAGACUGAGUUGUUUUUCUUUCCUUCCGUUAUUUCUGUAGUUUCUCUUCUUCAGGCCAGCAACUCCAUAGUUUGAGCUGAUGCUGCCCUCUGCUGGUCAAAAGUUUGAGUUGACUUUUUUUCCUACUUACAAACCUGAAAAGUUCUAAACAUAGGAAAUAAUCAUAAGCUGUAUUGCAAUCAUGCUACUGAAUGGUUUAUUUGUUUGUUUGUUUUUUCAGGUAAAUGAAUUUUGUGAGUGUAACCACAUUCUGAAGCUGUAACACAGGAAUCAGAUGUGAUUGUUAGGAAAAUGACGAGAAAGUUACUCUUAAUGCUGAGUCAUCAUUUUAUUUGUUACUUUCUAUCAAUUUGAACUGUCAGAUAUUGACCUUUGUAGACGAUUGUGCCAUGCUCCGUUUCCAACACUGAUUUUAUAGUACUACUCUUUGCUCAACUGUAUAGAGAUUAACUGUUUUUUUUUUUUUUUAAAAUUAACAUUAAUGUUACACUUGAGUUACGUACACUGACGUGCUCGACAAGCCUGUUUUUGUUAUCAUUCUGUAAUUGAAGAUUAUAGAACAAUGAUGUGUCAGAUCUCUUGUAGUGUUGAAAUUUGUGUCGUUUCAAAGUGAGCGAAGAGCCGAGAGCUCAAGCUGGGAGAAAUAUUCAAGUUUUUUUUUAAAUAUUCUUUUUACAUGAGUGUACUUGAUUUAUGCUGGAUUUACAUCCGAUGGGAAAUGACCGUGUCGUCGUCUUUAAAUAGGAACCUAAAAUAAGGCAACAUUUUUCCAACGUUGUGCCGAUGCCGCUUCAGCAGGUGUGGGUUGUGUUGCAGUGGAAAGCAAAUAGUGGCAUUCAAGAAUAAGAAUGUUUUUACUGUUUUCUAUAAACAAUCUAAACUGACUUGAAGUGAAGGCAUGGGUAGUUCUCAGGCAGUGUACAGUAUGUAGCUCCACAUGACGGGCCUUAAUACUACAACCCAAUUUAAAAUAUUCAUGUCUGCUCUGUGUGUUCUACAUCCUUCUCUCUGACACAUUGGUACAUGAUGUGCUCAAUAGGAACAGAGUUUUACUGAAUUACUUGAGGGAAGGGACUUCAUGCCUCUGUGUAUGUGUGUGUGUGAAUAAAUUCAUUUGACAGAU